ACUAUCACUUGGAUUUUUUUUUGCGAGGAACUAUCACUUGGAUAUUGACUAUUGAGGCUAUGCAAAUGCCACACCCCUAAUCAUGUUGUUUGUGAUGAACCUUAGAAAUAGCAAGAACAGCUGAAGCCACGUUAAAAAGUUUCAUAGGUGAUUGUUUAGGUGAAAGCUUUUUGGAAAAUUUAUCAUUCAUAUUUUAGAAUUAGAAUUGUCUAAAAUUGAUAAAUACUACGCCCAAUACGUCACAAGGGCAAAAUAAGUAAGGUUGAAUAUACGUAUAAUAGAGUGGGUUUUGGGAAAAGAAAAAAGCUAGGGAUGCAGGCCUGUGCAACAAAACGACUUACAAGGUGGAACCUUAAAAGCAAAGUGUCAUUUAAUGAUGUGUUUUUUCUUUUGCAAUUUUAAGGCCAGUCUUAGUGGAGUUUCAUGGCAUUUAAUUUUGUUGAUGUGGUAGGAUAUUUAUGAGAAAAGAGAAGGGAGAGUUUCAUGGGAUGUGAGAGGAGUUUCAUCCCCAUGAAACUCAUCCGGCUCGCUUACCUAGUUUUUGGUCUAUGUAACCGUGUGAUGAAACUAUGCAUUGAAACUGGCCUAACGCUACCUUUUUCCUCUAAAAGAAUGCUAGUGAUAUAUUGUAUAUUGUUAUAUGUAGAAGUAAAACAAAUGGCGUCAGCUAUUGAUCACAAUUGCAUCACAAUUGCUCUAGAUUAAGGGGCUGCUCGCUUCCUCGCAAAAAGGGGCUGCUUGGUUGGCUACCACACCUUGCUAUGCCGCAAGUGCGGCGGAUAUGGCAAGGUGCGGUGACACCACAAUUUAGAUUGGGAAAAUCAGCACGGUAAUUUCAGUGUUAAAAUGUGUUAGAAAUCACUUUGUGUAUCAUGUGAUGAGUCUAAGUCUUAAAUAGGAAUCAACAAUGAUCUAAUUUUUACAGCAGUGCCACAAUUUUGGCAUGGCGGACAACUACCAACCAAACACACUCUAGAACGUGUUGGUAUUCUAAUUUUAUUUAGAAGUGAUUUAUCAGCUACCAACCACAAGUUGAAGUAUGAAUUAAAAGAGACCUUUUCUCUUAGUGAGUUGCUUGCAUCCUUUAUGGGGUUACCACCCCACCUAGAUUUGAGUUUAUUUUAGUACGAUGACUAAUAUUGUUCUAUGUCUAUCGAUAACGAAGCGCAUGUAGGUUAGUUUCAUCAAUUUUAAGAUGUACCGGCCCUCGAAUGUAUUGAGAUUGAUGUGCAUGUAGGUUAUCUUUGCUCUUAGUUUCUCACUCGGUUUCACUAAAAAAAAAGUUCAUCACUCGGUUCAAAAAGAAUAGUAUACAAGGCUAGACGAACCUAGAUCAUUGUCUAACAUCAUCUUUCUUUUCAAGGUUGAUGUGCAAGAUGUUCCUCGUCUAGGUAAUCUUGAUAUUUUGGCUUUAUAGUAGACCCUAUUACUUCCUAGUUGCAAAUAGAUCUAAGGUAGGACAUUAGCAGCUAGCUCUCAUAUCUAAGAUUGAGGAGAGUUUUGACACUCCCUUCAUUUGGAGUUAUAAGGUGUAUUUGUUUUAAUUAAGAUAAGUCUUUGAACAAGGGUUGCUCUAUUAAGAUUUUAUUUAUAUGUUAUAAAAGUAUACUUACAAGAAUGUAUUUUGAAUACAAACCCAAUAAUUGUGUCAUAAAAUUAAUAGAGUAAUUGUCAGUUCUAGAUUUUUCUUCACGAGAUGAUAAGUCUUAUAAUUCCAAAAAUAGAAUGAGCAUACAUAUUAAAGAUUUGUGUUCCAUGUUACGAAUGCUAAGAUAUGGACAGUGUUCUAAAAAACAUUUUUAAACGUCGUUUAAUCUUGAUUAAACGCUGAACGGUGGCCAAGCGUUGCGUUUAAUCACAUUGUCGUUUAAUCACAACACACGUUUAAUCAUGUUCAAUCUACGUUUAAUCACAAAAAACUCUAAACCAUAGGUAAGCGUUCGCCUAGCGUCUAGCGUUUUUUAGAACCUUGGAUAUGGAUAAGUUUAGUGCCUCUAAUAGUUUGAUCAUGAUUCUGUCCCAGAGUGAAAUGGUACUGAAGAAAUAAAAUAAGACUAGUACAAUGGGAUCUAGGAAAACAUGCAACACUUUGGAAUUACACCAUUUUACUAUUUAAGGAACUAAGGAGCUGCUUGGUUUGAUAACAAAAUAUGGGCAUAACAAACUCUAGGUACACCAAAAUGUGGGCAUGCUAAUUUUUUUACUAAAAUCUUAGCUCGCAAGUUUAGAAUAGCACUUUGUUAGGUGCACGACUUUUUGACCUUCAACUAAACGAGUGCUAAAAUUUUGCCUACAUUUUAGCAUGCAAAUAUUUUGAAAAGUGAAUGGUGGCAAAUUCCUAAAGAAGAGAUCACCAUUCACCAAGAACUUUUCGAAAGAAACGAACCAAAAAAUAAAAACCUCGUGCAACCGGGCCGGGGUUCGAGACCUGGUCCCAGCCGGCAGCCGGCACAGCCACCCACCCGUGCAGCUCUACCGGAGUAGUGCGCUGUGAGAGGGAGCCAGUAGUGGGGGUCCGUACACCCGCGGUCAGCAUACCGGCCACAGCCAACAGCUCACCGCUCUGCCCUUCCCUCCUCUUCUGCAAACGGCGAGUUAAAAAAGGAAACCAAAAAUCUAGGGUUUGUUCCAUUCCAUUUCCGGGGAGCCCACAGCCCCCGUACGCUCACCACCGUGCCGGCCGCCUCCCUACGUCCCUCCCUCUUCCCGCUCCUCCCCGACGAGAGGUGGCGGCAGCUUGGGGGAGUAAGGUAGCGGCGGCGGCGGUGUCGACGGCCUUCGCGCCGCGGAAGGGCCGCUGGCGGCUGCCGGCUGCCCCCGGCAGCUCCGAGGCAAGGUAAAGCUGCCCCCUUUCGAUCGCAAUUAGCUCAGUAUGAACCAGAACGGGGGGCCAAUCUAGCAACUCGUGCUCCAAAUCCUAAUCAGCAACAGCUGACUCUCAGCUUGGUCAGCAUACAACCAGCAACGGACACCGAUCCUCAGUGGGGGUUUUUAUUUGGAAGGAGGGUCCAUCCGUCCAUGCCCCCGUGGUUACCUGAACCAAGCUCCGCCAGUACAAUCAAUAGGCUAGGGUCGGGGUAGGUGGUUCGGGGCCCCCCAUCUUGUUCCCCCUUCUGGACCGUGGACUCACCGUGCGGAGUCGUAUGCUGUGUUGUUCUGCUGAGGAGCUCUAGGUUCAAUAUUACUGUGUUCAGUUCUUGCGUCGUCCGGCUCUCAUCGUGUACUAGUUUGCGUGACUAUUAAAGCAUGCGGUUGCUAAACGGGUAGGUUGUUUGGAUUUGAUGAUAAUGAUCUAGCAAUGUUUGCUGGUUGUAAAACAUAGUGUUCACGAAUUCUAUCUGGAAUUGUGAUUAUUUUCUUGUGCUCCAAAAAAACCUUUAGUUCUCGUUUACAUCUACAUGCCAGGAGUGUCUUCUGGACAUUCCUGCACAAUUACAAUGUGAAAUUGCUGCAUUCUAAGUAUUCUGUUACUGUUGCUGAUAUUUGGCAUAUUUCAAUCCUGCCCUCUGCAGCCUUUGUACUCCCCAUGGUUGAUCUGUUCCUUUGUGAAAUUAAUAAAUCAUACUGUCUAUACAUUUGGAAGGUGUUAAUACUUAGGAGGUAGAAGCAUUAUUCUCUAGGUUUUGGUUUGCACUCAUUCCCAGUCAAAAUGUUAUUGUUCUCUAUGGCAACCAAGUCUGUUGGUUCACAAUUAAACUAUCCAUUUAUUUCUUGGCAGCAACUGCCUAAAUCCACAAAUUAGCCCCUGAAGCCUGUGGAGGAGUCAUGAAUAUGCAUGUUAACUGACUACUUGUCUUGAAAUUUACUGUCCUGUAUUUGGAUCUUGGAACUUUAUUCAUCAAGUGCCUGUUUGCUGAGACCUGCUGUUUCUUUAUCCGGUGUUACCAUUGAACCAGUUCAUCAAAUUAUUUAUCGUGCGUACUCAUUUUUCUAGUGAUAUGUUUAUGUCAAACUCAAACCGAGUCGGUGGACUGAUCAUGCCUAGUAGCAUACUAGCAUCCAGGUUACAUCAGCUUUAGAUCUUAAUAUUGAUAUUAUGUCUCACAUGUUUCAUUUUUUAACAAGCAGGCAGUAACAAAUUGAUUUUGUCUGUGAAGGUCACAUUUUGAUAACUGAGGGUCGUCUACGAUGGCAGAUGCCAGUCCUAGAACAGAAACAUCAACAGAUGAUACUGACGACAACCAUGGGCUGGAACCAGGCACAGGUGCUCUUGUUGUUGCUUCCGACUCCAGUGACAGAUCCAAGGACAAACAUGAAGAUCAAAAGACACUGCGUCGUCUUGCUCAAAAUCGCGAGGCUGCAAGGAAGAGUCGAUUGAGGAAGAAGGCAUAUGUCCAACAGUUGGAGAAUAGCAGGCUGAAACUUACCCAACUAGAGCAGGAGCUGCAACGAGCUCGUCAGCAGGGCAUUUUUAUAUCUAGCUCAGUUGAUCAGUCACACUCCAUGAGUGGAAAUGGUGCAUUGGCCUUUGAUAUGGAGUACGCGAGGUGGUUGGAAGAGCACAAUCGGCAAAUUAGUGAACUAAGGGCUGGUGUUACUGCUCAUGCAAGUGAUAGUGAUCUACGCAGUGUUGUUGAUAAGAUCAUGUCGCACUAUGAUGAGAUUUUCAGGCUCAAAGGAAAUGCAGCCAAGGCAGAUGUCUUUCAUGUAUUAUCAGGCAUGUGGAAGACACCGGCAGAGAGGUGUUUCUUGUGGCUAGGAGGUUUCCGGCCAUCUGAGGUUUUAAAGCUGCUUUCAACACAGCUUGAACCUCUCACUGAGCAGCAGCUGUCAGGGAUAAGCAACCUCCAGCAGUCUUCGCAACAGGCUGAGGAUGCACUUUCACAAGGAAUGGAAGCCCUUCAACAGUCCUUGGCUGAGACCCUGGCUGGGUCUCUUUCGUCUUCUGGGUCAACAGGAAAUGUGGCAAACUACAUGGGUCAAAUGGCCAUGGCCAUGGGAAAGCUUGGAACGCUUGAGAAUUUCCUUCGCCAGGCUGACAACCUGCGGCUGCAGACCCUACAACAGAUGCAAAGGAUCCUGACCACCAGACAGGCAGCUCGAGCACUUCUUGUGAUAAGCGAUUACUCUUCACGACUCCGUGCCCUGAGCUCUCUCUGGCUUGCUCGGCCGAAAGAAUAGCAAGCGCAUGCGAUUUGACUGCGGCACUUUUCACAGUUUGGUGUUCAAUGGGGAUCUUAUCAGGAGGGUUUGACAGUAAUGCAACAGACUUGAUUCGGAGAUAUCUGCACAUACUAUAAUCGGGAUGGUCUUGUAGUUUAGCCAUAUAGUUAAGUGCAUUGGUUCUUGGUUCAUGCUGUAUUAUUACCAACUGCUGUAAAAAUUGCUCUCUUUUGCCAUCAUUUUCCAUAUAUGUAUGCCCCUAAUUUGCAGAAGAUCAUUAGAAUGCAUAUUGAUGUUGACCUGUCAGUUUUUUUUUUGACUCCUAGGAAGAAUAGCAUGAAUUUGAAUACAAUGCUCUGGCAGUAACAUCUAACUGGUACAAGGCUGAUUUACUGCAUUAAAGUUACAGCGCGUUAUCGAUC